UUUUUGCUCUCUCCACUCUCUCUCUCUCUCUCUCUCUCUCUCUCUCUAUAUGCAUCUGAAAUUCUUAAUAUUUUGCUUUGGUUUGGUACGAGGAGGUUUUGUUGUUGUUAUUCGCAGGGGUUUGGUCUGAAGAGAAGGAAGAACAAAGAAGAAGGAGAGAUGCGCAAGUCUUUCAAAGAUUCCCUGAAAGCUCUUGAAGCUGACAUCCAGUUUGCCAAUACACUAGCUUCUGAUUAUCCAAGUGAUCGCGAUGGUGCGUGCCUCCAAAUGAGACUGUCCUACAGCCCAGCUGCUCAGUUCUUCCUUUUUCUGGUUCAGUGGACUGACUGUCACCUUGCUGGAGCUUUGGGAUUGCUUAGAAUUCUGAUAUAUAAGGCAUAUAAGGAUGGCAAGACAACCAUGUUCAUUUAUGAAAGAAAAGCCAGUCUGAAGGAGUUCUAUGGUGUGGUCUUUCCCUCUUUACUGCAACUUCACAGAGGAAUCACUGAUGUUGAAGACAGGAAACAGAAACAUCUAUGUGCUACUAGGUACAAGCCUAAAGAUUUGAUAAGCAAAGGAAAACUCUCUGAAAUUGACAUGGAGAGAGAAGAAGAGUGUGGCAUUUGCAUGGAGAUGAACAGCAAGGUUGUAUUGCCCAACUGCAAUCAUUCACUGUGUAUGACAUGCUACCGAGACUGGCAUGCAAGAUCUCAAAGUUGCCCUUUCUGCCGGGACAGUCUCAAAAGAGUAGACUCUGGUGACCUUUGGAUCUACAUGAGCAGCAAUGAGAUAGAUGACUUGGCUUCAAUCAACAAGGAGAAUUUGAAAAGACUAUUUAUGUACAUAGAAAAGUUGCCUCUCAUUGCCAGACCCUAUAUUCAUGUCAUAUCCUCACCACUGGUGAUUGCCCAUUAGUAGAAGGCUCAUUCAAGCUUUAAAUUCCAAAUUUGUAUAUGAUUCUCAGU